UGCAGCCCGCCUGGCCCUGGGGGGGUUGCAGAGUCGCCCGGGAGGAAGAGAUUCAUUUCCGCCCCGCGCUCCUGUGGGGCUGGCAAGGAAACGCAAGGCGCGCAGAAAAAGCAGGGGCCACGGGAGGGAGGGUGUCUGCAGCCUGGCGGACCGGGCAAUUUUGUUGCAAAAGGGAUUGACAGUUUGUGACUCGUUGGUCCUCUGUUGGGGGGGGAGAGGAUUGAAAGCAUCCCAAAGGGAUUGACUCUCUCGGGUCCUGUUUGGAAGCCGCUUUUAAGGGACGUGGCAAGGUGACUUGUAGGAUUGGUGGAUUUGGUUUCCUCGGGGACCAGCUGUGCAUCCUUCCUCUUGUGCCAACCCACAAUGAACGACAAUCCAGAAACGAACUCCAAAGAGAGUGGCGAGUAUGAAGACGACUUUGAGAAAGACCUGGAGUGGCUGAUUAACGAGAAAGAUCCCAGUGAAAACGUCGGGGCAGAGGCGGAGGAGCAUGUGUCCCACGGGGCCGAGCCCACCCGUGUCCCCCAGGAUGCGGAGCCCCCGGCCGCCCCGCCCAGGGACGAUGGCCCCGCGCGCAGGAGCGACUUCAUCUCGGUGCCCAGCAUCCAGCCCCUGGAGCCCGCGUCCGACUCGGACAGCGAGAACUCGUCGCAGGAGUCGCGGCUGGACGGCCGCAGGGAGGAGGACGAGGACGAGGACGUGCGCCGGUACAUCAUGGAGAAGAUCGUCCAGGCCAACCGGCUCCUGCUGCGCCAGCAGCCUGCGCAGGAGCGGCGCGACCGGCGGCUCAAGUUCAAGGACAAGCUGGUAGACCUGGAGGUGCCCGCGCCCGAGGACACGGAGGCGGCCCCGGCGGGCGGCGGCGAGGACCCCGUGUCCGACCCGCUGUCGCGGCUGUGCCUGUUGGCGGGCGAGCCAGGCCAGGCGCAGGCGCCCCCGGCCCUGCCGGACCCCGCGCCCCCCGAGGAGGUCAAGGUGGACGGGAAGGUCCUGGUGGAGCGCGACGGCAAGUUCGAGCUGCUCAACUUCCAGGACCUGGAGAGCCAGGGGCUGCCCGCCCCGGCCCCCCCGGGGCCAGGCGCCGAUGGAGACACCCCGCAGGCCGGCCGCCGCCUGGCCAGCCCCGUGGGCAGCGAGCCGGGGAAGGAAGAGCCCGUUGUGGGGACUCCGGGCCCAGUGCUUGCUCCCCCGGAGGAGCCGCGGGCCGACACCCCGCAGCCACAGGCGGCCCCCAGCCCCCGGCUGAGGCCGGCCUCCACCGUGUCCUCGGACCCCUGGAAGGGCGCCGGGAGACUCCACCCGCGGGCCCAGUCUGCGCACCUGUCGCCGGCCUCCUCCACCUACUGCCUGUCCCCGCAGCAGAAGGAGAUGCAGAGGAGGCUGGAGGAGAAGCGGGCAAAGCUCAGGAUGGAGGAGGAACAGAAGAAACUAGAGGAAGAGAAAGAGAAGAAGAAAGAGAACGACCUGGUGUUUAAGGCCUGGCUGCAGAAGAAGAGGGAGCAGGUGCUAGAGAUGCGACGGGUUCAGCGGGCCAAGCAGCUCGAAGACCUGCACAGCAGGCAGGAGAACCGGGACCCGCAGCAGGCCUUCCGCUUGUGGCUUAAGAAGAAGCACGAGGAGCAGCUGAGGGACAGGAGGACGGAGGAGAUCCGCAAGCAGGAGGAGUGCUUGUACUUCCUGAAGGGGACCGAGGGCAGAGAGCGCGCCUUCCGGCAAUGGCUCAGGAGAAAACAGAUCGAAAAACUCGCUGAGCAACAAAUGGCCAAAGAGAGAACGAGGCAACUCCGGCAAGAAGCCAAGCGUCUGAAGCAGCGUCAGAACGCGUACAUGGCGGAAGCCAAGGCGUUCCGUUUCACUGACCCUUACAAGUGAAGGUAACCAUUAAACACCUCCUUUGGCAGCUGCUGUCCUCGAAACGGGGGUCUCAUUUCCUCCAGCCCAGAGGCGUGGGUCACAGUUGAAAUGAUGGAAAGUGUCGCUAUUCUUUUGGUGAUGUUGACAGUAUAUUUAGCUUUUUUUCCUCCCCCCAAAACACUAGAGCUAAAUAAAUAAAUUUAUUCUCA